AUGGAUGCUUUCAUAAUCUGUGGAACAUUUGCACUCUAUUCAUUGAUAUGCCGAUCUGCGAAGGUGGGCUUAAUUCCAAAUGACCAGCCAGAGGACCACCAGCUCUCCAACUACAGACUCGACACACCAUCCAAUCAGUUGAGGCGUGCUCAAAUGAUCAAAGAGAAGAUGGAAAGUAGUAAAACAAUUAAAAUCAUACUGUUCCUAAUCACCAUCCUAGGAACUUCCAUGGUUAUUGGAGACGGUGUCCUCACUCCAUGCAUUUCAGUUCUUUCAGCAGUGAGUGGGAUCAAGUCUCUUGGCAAAGAUGCUGUUGUAGGCAUUUCAAUAGCAAUCUUGAUUGUUCUAUUCUCUGUUCAAAGACUGGGCACCGAUAAAGUGGGCUUUGCAUUUGCUCCAGUUAUCUUGUUGUGGUUUUCCUUCAUCGGUUUAAUCGGUCUUUAUAAUUUGUUCAAAUAUGAAAUCGGUGUACUACGUGCUUUCAAUCCAAAAUACAUGAUUGACUACUUCAAAAGAAAUGGUAAGCAAGGAUGGAUUUCACUUGGCGGAAUAGUUCUCUGCAUAACAGGAACGGAAGCUAUGUUUGCUGAUCUGGGUCACUUCAACGUGCGAGCGAUCCAAAUUAGUUUUUCCAGCAUCGUUUUUCCGGCACUACUAGCUGCAUAUAGUGGGCAAGCCGCAUACCUCACCAAAUACAAUGAUGAUGUGUCUGAUACCUUCUACAAGUCUAUUCCAGAUCCAUUGUAUUGGCCGACAUUUGUUGUUGCUGUAGCUGCUGCAAUUAUUGCUAGCCAAGCCAUGAUAUCAGGGGCGUUUGCAAUCAUCUCUCAAUCCCUGAGUCUUGGUUGUUUUCCUAGAGUCAAAGUUGUUCACACUUCUGCAAAGUACGAGGGUCAAGUUUACAUACCUGAGGUCAACUACUUGCUUAUGGUUGCCUGCGUUGUCGUCUGUUUUGCAUUCAAGACUACUGAAAAGAUCGGCAAUGCAUAUGGAAUUGCUGUGGUUGCUGUUAUGGUAAUCACAACUUGUUUGGUUACACUCAUAAUGUUAGUUAUAUGGAAGACAAGGAUUUGGUGGAUUGCUCUCUUCUUCUUCGGAUUUGGUGCUAUAGAGGCCGUGUAUUUAUCAUCUGUCCUAUACAAAUUUAAACAAGGUGGGUUCCUUCCACUGGCAUUUUCACUUUUCCUAAUGAUAUCAAUGGGGAUAUGGCAUUAUGUGCAGAGAGAGAGGUACAUCUAUGAGCUUCAGAACAAGGUUUCUAGUGAAUAUGUCAGAGAUCUGGCGGAAAGAACAGAUAUAAACCGGCUACCAGGAAUAGGACUUCUGUACUCUGAGCUUGUGCAGGGCAUUCCUCCAAUAUUCCCUCACUUCAUUUCCAACAUACCUUCCACACACUCGGUUAUAGUUUUUGUUUCAAUUAAGUCUAUUCCAAUAAGUAAAGUGGCACUUGAGGAGCGUUUCUUGUUCCGACAAGUUGAGCCAAGAGAAUACAGGAUGUUCCGUUGUAUUGUAAGGUAUGGAUAUAAAGAUGCCACUGAGGAGCCCCACGAAUUUGAACGCCAGUUGGUCGAAAACUUGAAAGAAUUCAUCCGCCAUGAACACUUCAUUCGUGAAGGAGGCAACAAUGAAUCAGCACCAGAAGAAGAUAACAUCCAACAUUCCACUAUACUAGCAGUAAAAGACGGAAAAACCAAAGAAUCUCCAGCAGUUCAUGUUGAAGACAACAAUGAAUCAGCACCAGAAGAAGAUAGCAUCCAACAUUCCACUCUACUAGCAGUAAAAGACGGAAAAUCCAAAGAAUCUCCAGCAGUUCAUGUUGAAGAAUCGCCACAGCAGACUAAUCAACCCCGUAUUUCUUCAGUUUCCAUUCAAUCAAUCAAUGCAUCAUCACGUUCCACUCAGUCAGUGAAUGGGAUUAAAUCAGCAAAUUCUUCUGGUGGAAUGAUACAUGCCGCUGUCCCAAAAGGUGCAGAAGAAGAGAUGCAGUUUGUGCAGAAGGCUAUGGAGAAAGGUGUGAUUUAUCUCAUAGGAGAAGCCGAAGUGGUGGCAAAACCAGAGUCAUCCUGGUUCAAGAAACUAGUUGUUGAUUAUGGGUAUAGUUUUCUAAGGAAAAACUUCAGACAAGGGAAGACAGUUCUGGCAAUCCCUCGAACCAGACUUCUCCGGGUUGGAAUGACAUAUGAAGUAUGA